UUGCUUGGAGCCAUGCCUGGAAAAGCCAACGCUUUCGAUAUUUGAUCAUUGUUAAGAGAGGAAGAAAGAAGGUUUCUUUAGAGAGGAAGAAAGAAGGUUUCUUUAGAGAGAAAGAAGAAGGAUGGGAAGAGCAUUUGUAUAUGUAAUUCUCGGAGGAGGUGUGGCAGCAGGAUAUGCAGCCCUUGAAUUUACAAAAAGAGGGGUCUCUCAUGGUGAACUUUGCAUUAUUUCUGAAGAACCUGUUGCCCCAUAUGAGAGGCCGGCUUUAAGCAAAGGCUUUUUACUUCCUGAAUCUCCUGCACGUCUUCCAUCAUUUCACACUUGUGUUGGUGCUAAUGAGGAAAGGUUAAAUCCAAAAUGGUACAAGGAACAUGGGAUUGAAUUAGUCCUCGGAACUCGAGUUAAGUCUGCUGAUGUGAGACGCAAGACGUUAUUAACAGCAACUGGAGAGACUAUAAGUUACAAGAUCCUCAUCAUUGCAACAGGUGCUCGGGCUUUGAAGCUUGAAGAAUUUGGAGUGAGUGGAUCAGAAGCUGAAAAUGUAUGUUAUUUACGAGAUUUAGCAGAUGCGAACAGCCUUGUCAAAGUGAUGCAAUCUUGUGCUGGUGGAAACGCUGUUGUCAUUGGUGGUGGGUACAUUGGAAUGGAGUGUACUGCAUCUUUGGUGAUCAAUAAAAUAAAUGUAACCAUGGUUUUCCCUGAAGCACAUUGCAUGGCUCGUUUAUUUACACCCAAGAUUGCAAGCUAUUAUGAGGAUUAUUAUCAGUCUAAAGGAGUGAAGUUCAUUAAAGGAACUGUUUUGUCAUCAUUUGAAUUUGACUCCAGUGGAAAGGUUACGGCUGUUAAUCUUAGGGAUGGAAGUCGGCUACCUGCAGACAUGGUCUUGGUGGGAAUUGGAAUACGCCCAAACACAAGCCUGUUUGAAGGACAACUGACAUUGGAGAAAGGUGGGAUCAAAGUGAACGGAAAGUUACAAACAAGCAACAACUCAGUUUAUGCAGUCGGAGAUGUUGCAGCAUUUCCAGUCAACCUAUUUGGUGAAACGCGCAGACUUGAGCAUGUUGAUUCAGCCCGAAAAUCUGCGAAACAUGCUGUUGCUGCGAUCUUGGAACCAGAGAAAACAGGUGAGUUUGACUACCUGCCAUUCUUCUACUCCAGAGUCUUUGCAUUUUCUUGGCAGUCUUUUGGGGACAAUGCAGGAGAGGUAGUGCAUUUUGGGGAUUCCUCAGGGAGUACCUUUGGGGCUUAUUGGAUAAGCAAGGGUCAUCUUGUUGGGUCUUUCCUUGAAGGGGGAACCAAAGAAGAGUAUGAAGCCAUAGCCAAUGCCACCAGGCUUCAACCAGCUGUUGAGGAUCUGGCUGAGGUGGGAAGGCAGGGUCUGAACUUUGCUCUGACAGUUAGUAAGAGACCGCUGCCUACACCACCCAUUGAAGUCAGCAGGUCGAGCCUUGUUGUGGAAAAACCAGUCUAUGCUUGGCAUGCAACAGCCGGUGUUGUUCUGGCUGCAUCCGUAGCUGGAUUUGCAUAUUGGUACGGAAGGAGACGUAGAAGGUGGUGAGAAAUCAUUUUCCAUGCAUCAGCAAGUUCUGAUUUCACCUGUAACACCACUAUUGUGGCACUGAUAGAAUAUAAGUUGUCGAAAUACUUGAUGUGUCAUGAUUUGUACUCAAUCAAUCAAUAGCUCAAAAUUAUUACUCAAUACAAAAUUAUUGAAUAAUUCCCAUUC